UCCAGAUCAAAAUGGCGAACCGAACAGUAAAAGAUGCUCACUCAAUUAAGGGGACAAAUCCCCAAUAUUUGAUUGAGAAAAUAACUCGAACGCGUAUAUACGAGUGCAGAUAUUGGAAAGAAGAAUGUUUCGCCUUGACCGCGGAGUUACUGGUAGACAAAGCAAUGGGCUUGAAGUACAUUGGUGGGGUGUAUGGAGGAAACAUCAAGCCUGCACCAUUCCUCUGCCUUCUACUGAAGAUGCUGCAAAUCCAACCAGAGAAAGACAUAAUCGUAGAAUUCAUCAGAAAUGAAGACUUUAAGUAUGUCCGAGCCCUCGGUUCCCUGUACAUGCGACUGACAGGCACAUCCAUUGACUGCUACAAGUAUCUGGAGCCACUCUACCUGGACUACAGAAAACUCAAGAGGCAGAAGAAUGAUGGAUCAUUUGAGCUGUUACACAUGGAUGAGUUUAUUGAUGAGCUUAUCAGAGAAGAAAGAGUCUGCGACAUCAUCCUUCCUCGCAUACAGAAACGUAAUGUGUUGGAGGAAAGUAACCUAUUAGAUACUCGUGUCAGCGCCCUGGACGAAGAUCUGGAUGAAAUGGAGACCGAUGAGGAGGAAGACAUUAUGGAUAUUUACAAGGCAGCGAGCUCAGAGAAGCGUAAGAUAAACCGAGAAUUGGACCGACCGGCUCGAAGCCCGUCCCCCACUAGAGGACGGAGGUCCCCCUCUCCUCACCACAGAGAUAGAGACAGGGGCAGAAAAAGAUCAAGGUCCAGGGAAAGAACAGAUAAAGACCGAAAAUCAGAUAAAAAGCAUAAAGAAGAUGAUAAAAAACACAAAGAUGAUGACAGAAAACACAAGAGCAGCAAAUCCAGUAAAGAUCAUCGAAGCGACCGGGAUAAAGAUCGUGAUCGUGGGCGUGAGGACGAUCGUCACAAAGAUCGACAUCGCCAUAGAGACCACGGGGGUCGUCCUGACAAGAAGAUGUCGAAAGACGAACAGGAAAUACAAGAAGCCAAUGAACUGCGAGCUAAACUUGGCAUGGCCCCUUUGAGGCCAUAGAAAAGGGCCAUAGUGUUAUUCAUGUUUUUUAAUCUGAAAAGACAAUGUAUCUUUAGUAGUCAAAUUAAGCACAAGCCCUGAAUUGGUUUAAUGCGUCUUGUGAGUUUGCUAAAAUAUGAACUUGAUAUAGCCUUAAAAUAUGAACUUUAUAUAGCCUUAAAAUAUGAACUUGAUAUGAACUUGAUAUAGCCUUAAAAUAUGAAUUUGAAAUAGCCGGUCUUGUUACAAUAUCUUCAGACAGGUAGUUAUGUUAGAAUUGAGGCUUGUUAAUUUCAAAAGCCUGAUUUAAAUGGCUGUAUUGUGAUUAAAACUUAAAAUGUAUCGAUGAAUAAAAUAACCCUCUAUAAUAUCUGACAAUGUUUAUAAAUAAUGGGUUUUUUCACACUGUUGUCAUAUGUUGAAACGUCUUGGAUGUUAUUUCAUUGAUGAUUGAAACAUCUUAUACCAUUUUUGUGUCGCCUGAAAAGACGACAUAUAGGGGUUACUUUUGUCGGCGGCUGCGGCGGCGUCCGCGUCCCAUUUGCGCUUGUCCGGGGUAUAUCUCCUAAACUAUUAGUGGUAACAACUUGAAAUUUCAUAUGUAGAUAGAUCUAAUUAAGGGCAAGUGCAGUGCACAAGAACUGUUACUCUUGCUUCCAUAUUUUUAGAGUUAUUGCCCUUUGUUAUUUUUCAUGCUUAAAGUUUUGUUCGGGGCAUAUCUUGUAGGAUAUAAGAGUUACCAACUUGAAACUUCAUAUGUAGAUAGAUCUCAUGGAGGGCAAGUGCAGUGCACAAUAACAGUAACUCUUGCUUUUUUAGUUUUAAAGUUAUUGCCCUUUGUUAAUUUUCAUGCUUAAAGUUUUGUCCGGGGCAUAUCUUGAAGAAUAUAAGAGGUAUCAACUUGAAACUUCAUAGCUAGAUAGAUCUCAUUGAGGGUAAGUGCAGUGCACAAGAACCGUUACUCUUGCUGCCAUAUUUUUAGAGUUAUUGCCCUUUGUUAAUUUUCUUGCUUAGGUUUUGUCCGUGGCAUAUCUCGUAAACUAUAGGAGGUAUCAACCUGAAACUUAUUCCGUAGGUAUAUCUGAUUGAGGGAAAGUGCAGUGCACAAAAACCGUAACUCUUGCAUCUAUAUGUUUAGAGUUAUUGCCCUUUGUUAAUUUUCAUGCUUAAAGUUUUGUCCAGGGCAUAUAUUGAAGAAUAUAAGAGGUAUCAACUUGAAACUUCAUAGCUAGAUAGAUCUCAUUGAGGGCAAGUGCAGUGCACAAGAACUGUAACUCUUGCUGCGAUAUUUUUAGAGUUAUUGCCCUUUGUUAGUUUUGUCCGGGGCAUAUCUUGAAGAAUAUAAGAGGUAUCAACUUGAAACUUCAUAGCUAGAUAGAUCUCAUUGAGGGCAAGUGCAGUGCACAAGAACCGUUACUCUUGCUGCCAUAUUUUUAGAGUUAUUGCCCUUUAAUUUUCUUGCUUAGGUUUUGUCUGUGGCAUAUCUCGUAAACUAUCAAAUGCCACCUACACUUGAAAGUUAAAUGGCAAUAUCAUUGUCUAUAAAUGAAUAAAAUGCCAAUCUAACAGCUAUAAUGUCGACAGUAAAUAAUUCGUCAGGCGACACAUCCGACUCGCGGAGUUCUAGUUAAUAUUCCGUUAGGCAGAUAUUUGAAAUUGGGAUUUGUUUUGAACAUAUGAUACAAUGUCCGCAUGAUGUGUAUAAUUUUUCAGACAGUAAAUACUAAAUG